GAUCGUUUGCCCAGUGAGAUGCUGGGUUACUUGGCCUUCCCUCUUAAUUCCCUUCUCUCCCGCACUCCACCUUCCCCCCAGCUGGAGAUGAUGAUUUCUUGUCUUUUAUGACCAUCUCUGCCCUGUGUCCGAUCCAAUUGACUCUGAGCACGUCGCCAUCAUGGCUUCCUUAGCUGUCAUCAGCACCUACGCGACCGCUGGUUUUCUGGUCAUCAUUGCACUGAACGUAUUGCGCCAAUUGCUGUUUCGCAAUAAAAAAGAACCCCCCGUGGUCUUCCACUGGAUCCCUUUCCUGGGAAAUACGAUCAGCUAUGGCAUGGACCCCUACGCCUUCUUUUUCUCCAACAGGAAAAAGUACGGCGACAUCUUCACAUUUGUGCUACUGGGACAAAAGACCACGGUUUAUCUGGGAAUUCAAGGCAACGAGUUCAUCCUCAAUGCCAAACUCAAGGAUGCAAACGCUGAGGAGGUCUAUUCCCCUCUGACCACCCCCGUGUUCGGAGCCGACGUUGUCUACGACUGUCCCAAUUCCAAGCUCAUGGAACAGAAGAAGUUCGUCAAGUACGGUCUGACCCAGACCGCGCUCGAAUCGCACGUGCAUCUCAUUGAGCAGGAGACGCUGGACUUUCUGCGCACCUCGCCCUGGUUCCAAGGAACCUCCGGAGUGUUCGAUGUUCCCGCCGCCAUGUCCGAACUUACAAUCUACACCGCAGCGCGCGCCCUGCAAGGGGACGAGGUCCGCAGCAAGCUCUCAUCCGAAUUCGCAGACCUGUAUCACGACCUCGAGAAGGGAUUCAGUCCAAUCAACUUCAUGCUGCCGUGGGCGCCGUUGCCGCACAACCGUAAGCGGGACGUGGCGCACGCCCGCAUGCGCGAGAUCUACACGGAGAUUCUGCGCGAGCGCCGCAAGAAUCCUGAUGAGGAGAAGUCGGACAUGAUGUGGAACCUGAUGCACUGCACGUACAAGAACGGACAGCCGGUGCCGGAUCACGAGAUCGCGCAUAUCAUGAUUACUCUGCUCCUGGCGGGCCAGCACUCCAGUGCCUCCAUCAGCGCCUGGAUCAUGCUCCGCCUGGCCUCCGAGCCCCAGUGGCUCGAUGAGCUUUACCAGGAACAGGUCUCGGCUCUCCGUCGUGGAGCGGAUGGCAAGUUCGCGCCGCUACAGUAUGAGGACCUCGACAAGCUGCCCCUUCACAAGAGUGUCAUCAAGGAGACCCUGCGCCUACACUCGUCCAUCCACUCCAUCAUGCGCAAGGUUAAGAACCACAUGCCCGUGCCCGGUACCGAUAUGGUCGUGCCCACCGGCCAUGUGCUGAUGGCCUCGCCCGGUGUUACGGCCCAGAGCGACGAAUUCUUCCCCAAUGCGAGCAAGUGGGACCCCCGCCGCUGGGAAAACCAGGUUGAGAAGGAGGAAGACGGCGGCGAGCUGGUCGACUACGGCUACGGUGUUGUCUCCAAGGGCACCGCCAGUCCCUAUCUACCCUUCGGGGCAGGCCGUCACCGCUGCAUCGGCGAGAAGUUCGCCUAUCUCAACCUAAUCACCAUUGUCGCGACCAUGGUGCGCCAUCUGCGUGUCUCGAACCUCGAAGGCAAGAAGGGUGUGCCGGGAACAGACUACUCGACUCUGUUCUCGGGCCCGCUGAAGCCAGCCGUGGUGCGCUGGGAGCGUCGUUCAGAAAAGGCUCUGUAGACACCACGGUCUUGUACCCUUCUCCUUCUCCCAGACACAGCUCGUGAGACGCUCGCGCCUGUCGCCUACCCUGAUGGAUUGACGACUAUUCUUUGUUCUCACUUUACUGCUAUCACCUUGUAAUCUCAACACCAACACCUUCAAUGUACCAUACCAUAAGAAAAACACCUACACUACAUACACUUACAUCAAACAAUAUGACCUUCUGAACCAAUAGCUACACUG